CAGCAUCAUCUGAGCAGCGGAGAGUGAGUGGUUUUGUUUUUUGGUUUUUUCGUAUCUGUGAGUGGGUGAGAUCGAGAUCAGGUGUGAGAGGCAAAAAAAGAGACAGAAGGAAAGAGAGAAGGAGGGAGAGAGCAAGUGUGCAGCUUUGAGGCAUUCCAUCAUCCACCAAACUCCUGCAGCUUCCCUCUUCCCUCCUCCUCCUCCUCUGACCCCCCCCCCCCUCCUGGAGAGAGAGAGAGAGCAACAGAGAGAGGAAGAACAAGGAAGAGAGAGAGAGUGGGUGAGCAACAGAGAGAGAGCGAGAGAGUCACGCUUACAAGCCAGCGGAGAAGAGACGUCAAGAGGAGGAUCUACAAAGGGGAAAAAAAAUCCUUCUCUCUCUUCUGCUGCCUCUCUUCGUGCGUCCUACGGGCAGCGAGGAGCGAAGAGGAGCGAGGAGGAUCCGGCUGGCAUAUUUUCUACGCUGCUUCCCUGCGAUUUCUGUGGCUGUAUCACAGUGCGUGGAGCGCAGGGAGAGCCGCCGAGAGCUUGAUCGGUGACAUCGCUCCGCAGCAGAAGAGGAGGACCGUAGAGGAGCCGGGAUGCUUAACAACCUGACCGACACAGAGGAGGGGGACGGGGGAGCGCAAAGCCAGGGCGACAGUAACCCCAAGGAGAGCAGCCCCUUCAUCAACAGCAGUGAUGCUGCCGCAGAGAAGAGCCAGCAGUAUGACGGCAAGAACAUGGCCUUGUUUGAGGAGGAGAUGGACACCAGCCCCAUGGUGUCGUCUCUUCUCAGCAGCCUGGCCAACUACUCCAACCUGCCCCAAGGCAGCAAGGAGCACGAGGAGGCCGAGAACAACGAGGCCGAGUCAUCGCGCAAGAAACCCGUCAAGGCCCCCCAGCUCGGUACUCUGAUGGGUGUCUAUCUGCCGUGCAUCCAGAACAUCUUCGGAGUGAUCCUCUUCCUCAGGAUGACCUGGUUGGUGGGAAUUGGAGGCGUCAUUGGGACUUUCAUCAUCGUCUUCAUGUGCUGUGCCACAACUAUGCUGACUGCCAUCUCAAUGAGUGCCAUCGCUACCAAUGGAGUAGUGCCAGCUGGAGGCUCCUACUACAUGAUAUCCCGUUCGCUGGGCCCCGAGUUUGGUGGAGCAGUGGGGAUCUGUUUCUACCUGGGGACCACCUUCGCUGGAGCCAUGUACAUCCUGGGGGCCAUAGAGCUCCUCCUGAUAUACAUAGCUCCCAAAGCGGCCAUCUUUCCCCUGGAGGGACUGGAAGGUGCCGAGGCGGAGGCUGCCCUGCUUAACAACAUGCGCGUGUACGGGACCAUCCUCCUCAUCUCCAUGGCCACGGUGGUGUUUGUCGGCGUGAAGUACGUCAACAAGUUGGCCCUGGUGUUUCUGGCCUGCGUCAUUCUCUCCAUCCUGGCUGUGUACGCUGGGGUCAUCAAGACCGCCAUCGACGCGCCAGACUUCCCUGUCUGUCUCCUGGGGAACCGCACUUUGGUGUGGAAGACCUUUGAUGUGUGUGCCAAGACCGUCGAGACAGCUAAUGGGACAGUCACCACGCAGCUGUGGCGCAUGUUCUGUGACUCACCGUACCUCAACGCUACCUGCGACAAGUUCUUCACCGACAACAAUGUGACGCGGGCCCAGGGCAUCCCGGGGGUCACCAGUGGGAUCCUGGCAGAGAACCUGUUUGGGACCUACUACGAGAAGGGGGACCUGAUCGCCAAGAAGGACACGUACUCAGUGGAAGAGCCGGACGAUCCUCUGACCAACGCUAACCGCUACGUGUUGGCCGACAUCACCAGCUUCUUCACGCUGCUGGUCGGGAUCUACUUCCCCUCUGUGACAGGGAUCAUGGCCGGCUCCAACCGCUCUGGAGACCUGCGUGAUGCCCAGAAGUCUAUCCCCGUUGGAACCAUUGCGGCCAUCACCACCACCUCCACCGUCUACAUGUCCAGCGUGAUUCUGUUUGGUGCCUGCAUCGAGGGUGUGGUCCUCAGAGACAAGUUCGGGGAGGGGGUGCACGGGAACCUCGUGAUUGGCACAUUAGCUUGGCCGUCACCGUGGGUGAUCGUGAUCGGCUCCUUCUUCUCAACCUGCGGCGCAGGGCUGCAGAGUCUGACAGGAGCUCCUCGUCUCAUGCAGGCCAUCGCCAAGGACGGCAUCGUGCCCGCCCUUCGGAUCUUUGGCCAUGGGAAGGCCAAUGGAGAACCCACAUGGUCCCUCCUGCUGACAGCUUGUAUCUGCGAGAGCGGCAUCCUCAUUGCCUCCCUGGACGCAGUGGCUCCCAUCCUCUCCAUGUUUUUCCUCAUGUGCUACAUGUUUGUGAACCUGGCCUGCGCCCUGCAGACACUGCUGAGGACUCCGAACUGGAGACCUCGCUUCAAGUUCUACCACUGGGCUCUGUCCUUCCUGGGGAUGAGCUUGUGUCUCACGCUCAUGUUCCUCUGCUCGUGGUACUACGCCAUUGUCGCCAUGGUUAUUGCCGGCUCUAUCUACAAGUAUAUCGAGUUCGCAGGUGCGGAGAAAGAGUGGGGUGAUGGAAUACGAGGUCUGUCUCUGAGUGCCGCGCGUUACGCUCUCAUGCGGCUGGAGGAAGGUCCCCCACACACCAAGAACUGGAGGCCUCAGUUGCUGGUCCUGGUUAGUACAGACGGCGAGCAGAACGUGGAGCAGCCUCGUCUGUUGUCUCUGACCAACCAACUGAAGGCAGGAAAAGGUCUCACCAUUGUUGGGACAGCUCUAGAGGGCACAUACCUGGAGAACCAUGACCAGGUCCAGCGUGCAGAGCAGGCGCUGCGUAAACUGAUGGAAACAGAGAAGGUGAAGGGCUUCUGUCAAGUGACCGUGUCCUCGAACCUGCGUGACGCUACAUCCCACCUAAUCCAGGCCGGUGGGCUGGGCGGUCUGAAACAUAACGCCCUGCUGGUCUCCUGGCCACGCAACUGGAAGCAAGGAGACGAGCACCAGACCUGGAGGAACUUCAUCGAGUUGGUGAGAGAAACCACAGCUGCUCACUUGGCUCUGCUCGUCCCAAAGAACAUCUCGGCCUUCCCGUCCAAUGGCGAGCGCUUCACUGAGGGUCACAUCGACGUGUGGUGGAUCGUCCACGAUGGAGGCAUGCUGAUGCUGCUGCCCUUCCUCCUCCGCCAGCACAAGGUUUGGAGGAAGUGCAAGAUGCGCAUCUUCACUGUGGCCCAGAUGGACGACAACAGCAUCCAGAUGAAGAAGGACCUGACCACAUUCCUCUAUCACCUCCGUAUUGACGCUAUGGUGGAAGUUGUAGAAAUGCACGACAGCGACAUCUCAGCCUACACUUACGAGAAGACUCUGGUGAUGGAACAACGGUCGCAGAUGCUUAAACAGAUCAACCUGACCAAGAACGAGCGCGAGAGAGAGAUCCAGAGCAUCACUGAUUCAUCCCGUGGGUCUAUCCGCCGUAAGAACCCGGCCGCUGUGACCACCCAGCUGAGCGUGACCGAGGAUCCACCAGCAGCCAGCAAGGAGGAGAAACCUGAGGAGGAGUCAAAGUCGGCCUCUUCCCCUGUGUCCUCCCCUACUCAGGUCCAGCUCAUCCACGACAACACCACCCCGACCAGCCCCGCAACCCCGGCCACCCCGCUGACCCCCGCAGAGGGGGCUCAGAGCCCCGGGGAUCAGAUCCAGAUGACCUGGACUGAGAAGUGUGACGGGGAGCCCGCCAAGCCGCCUGGCGCAGCCACACCAGAGGGCAUCAAAGACAUCUUCAACAUGAAGCCUGAGUGGGAGAACCUGAACCAGUCCAACGUGCGACGUAUGCACACAGCACUCCGGCUGAAUGAAGUCAUCAUCAAAAAGUCCUCGGAGGCCAAGCUAGUCCUCCUGAACAUGCCCGGGCCACCCAAGAACCGGACAGGUGACGAGAACUACAUGGAGUUCCUGGAGGUCCUGACUGAGGGUCUCAACCGGGUCCUCCUGGUCCGCGGAGGCGGCCGCGAGGUUAUCACCAUCUACUCCUGAAAGAGCAGCCCCCUCCCCCCCGUACCAUCCCUCCGCCCUUCCCUCAGCCCUGUUCCUGUGUCACCUAUGCUCCCGCCCUCUCAUCAACGCUGCUUCAUCAUCAUGUUGCCCCUUACCGUUUAUUUCUGUAAGAUAGUCCUCUCACACUCAACCAAUAGCUCAGCUCAGCUUCAGCACCUCUCCUUCUGCUCCACCCCCAGCAGACCACUGAGCAGUAUCACAUGCUCAGCUAGUAAACCUUUCAUUUUAGUCUCAUAAGCUACUAUAUCUAUCGUAGGCUCUAGACUAAUUUAGAUGCUGUCUAGAUUUGUUCUUAAAGAGACAUUUUUUUUUCGUUGCUCGUCUGUAUUCUACUGUAGUAACUCGCAUUGAGUCGGAGUCACUCGGUAAAGAGGAGGGAGGUGGUGGUGGGUGUGUGUUGUUAGCUGAGGUGUGAGCGCACAUGCAUGUAUGUGUCCGUCUUUGUUUUAAUCUCUGCAGAUUCUUCUUCUUUCUUUUCAAAUACAAAUGUGGCAUAGAAGCGGCUUCUGCUUGGAAAGAACGAGAGCCAGCUGAAAUGAGCUCAGUGUAGGUUUUCUGUUUAGUUCCCUCGUGGUGAUCAGACACCUCCCACAGCGUUCCAGCCUGUUGUCUUUGAUGUGAUUUAUCUUUCAAGGCAAAAGACACUGCGACCCACAGUCUGGACCACCAGCUGGAAGACAGAGAAUAUAGUUAAGUAUGAACUGUGAAAUUCACAUCGAUAUUCGAAGAAGACUGAAAGGCACGUGGAUCAAACCUGCAGUAUUAUCUUUAACCUGAUCACUCCUUAGCAUGAGAUCCUUAUAACUGUGUGUGUUUUUACUCCACUCGUUCUGUUACUGCCAUCACUGUCUUCUACCCAUCCUCCUUUCAACUCAUCUCUUAGUGGCUGUUUAUCCCCGUGGCCACUGUUAGUGCCAAAAAAAAAAAAAUACAACAAGGCUAGCUUAGUUUUUAGAGAUUGACACGUAAUUAAACUGUGAAUAGUGCGUUUCCUAGCAGAAGGCUGGUGUGACAGUGGAGUGGGGAGACGGUACAACCCCCCCCUCGAGGAGAUUAUCAUUGCCAGCACCCCUCGACCCUCGUGUGGAUCACUGUAAAUAAUGUACAAGCUCUGGCGCGUUGUUCAGUAUGAGUGUAGUAUUUUUGUGACAUACUAAAAAGCUUCUAGUGGAGAGAAAACGUUCCUUCGCUCAGAGGGACAGCUCGAAAACGUUGUUUUUAAAAUUUAUUUAUUUAUUUAUUUAUCGGAUUUAUUUAUUGGAUGGCAUAGGCUCCUGUCACUAUGGUAACUGUCAUUGUAACCUCGACAAGCACUGCACCUGCACUGUCCGCCACUGUGCAACAAGUGAAAUUUUGAUGAAUUCAUCAAGAUCAUUAAAUUUAAAAAAAGAAAAAUACUAAAUGUUAUUUUUUCAUCUAGAGAACAAAUAUGUAUUUAUGUUUAUAGAUAGAAGUUACACAUAUUGAUGAAAUAGUUGUAAUCAUUUUGAUUGUCACUCAAAGAUAUAUUGUUGCUUUGCCAAAUUUAGAUACAUUAAAUGUGCCAUAUGAAAGUAUUUUUCAAAGAGACAUAGUGAACAAAAUUCUAUUGAUUAAAUCAGAGAGAACAAAGUGUGCUAAAAACAGAGGUGUCUACAUGAAACUAGCAUGGUGAUGACACUGUAGUUGGAGUCGCCCUAUAGAUGAUAAAGGGACAGAUGUUCAGACUUCCAUAAAGCGACCAACACCCAGCUGUUGAGGUAUCAGCUCUUACAGAGGUGAGAGUCUGAACAUCUGUCCGCUGAUUGUUUAUGGGAUCUAGUCUAAAUAAAUAGAGAGGACAAUGGCUUCUGUAGCUAGGAAACUCACUUUGUCCACAAGACUGAACUCUAUGCAGUAGACUCUCCAGUGAGAUUUUAUAUCCUCUAGAUUGGCUAAGAUUUGAGCCACACAUGUCCCUGACUGAAUGACUUGUGAGCAAAAUCAUAUUUAGGUUUUAAAAAAAAAAAAAAAGAAAAGUGCAUCUUGGAAGGAAUGUGCAAUAGUUGAAAUCCGGACUCAUGUGAUCAUGUUAUUUAUUUUUUUACACAUAUAUUUUGUAUAUGUAGAUUUCGUAAGUCUUAUAAAAUCCAGAUUCAUCUCACUCUGACCAAGGACAGCUGUCACUUUACUUUGAUUAUUUCUGUUUCGUUUCUUAAAGAAAACUGUUUUUGGUCAGUUGCACUUGUAGUAGAAAUAUUAAUAUAAACAAAUCCGUAUAUAUAUACAGUAUAUACAAUAUAGGAAAGCAAAACAUUAGUUUCUAGAACUAUUUAAAAGCAGUAUUAAAUGUUUUUAGUGUUGCUUGAAUGUUGGACCAUAUGUUGUGAAUGCUGCUAGUAUCUAUAGUUUUAUUUGUACUGUAAAUAGAGAAGACUAAAGCAACAUUAAAGAUCAAGUGAAAAGGGUAUAGACAUACAUAUCAGUGGUGGUGGCUGUCUAACAAGACGAGGCUGUACCUGUAAACAUUUGGCCUGUGAUCUCUGGACAGGGUUAGCUUUCUGUUUUAUUAGAGAAAUAUACUGAAUACCUUGAUGCAAUAUUACGUCUGAGAGCAAAAUCCUUCACCCUUUUAUUCUCUUUUUAAAAAGAAAUGCUCUCGUCAUUAUUCUCAUAUUUAAUCCCAUGAGUAAAGUGAACCAAUUUUAAGGUAACAGAUGAUUAAUUUACAUCGUUUACUUCAAGAAAAUACCAAAAUAUGUUUCAAUAUGAAUAUUUAUGGCUUAUCUGCUAAACCUUACUGUUUGCAAAUUUUUAACACACCUACCUUUGACACCUAUGAUACUUAAGAAGCAGCCACUCCUAGUUUUCAAAGAUUUUAGGGUGCCAAGUCAUGAAGAUUUUCUUUAUUAAGCUUGUCACACUUAACUCUGACAAAGGGGUUGUUUAACGCUCACAUACGUUUUUGAAGAACAUGGCUAUUUUGGGAUUGUCUCCACAACAUUGCCUGCAUCAACUGAGCCUUUUAAAUUUAUUCAAAAGAAAAGAUAUCUGAUGUUUAUUGGAGACGUUUAUUGGAAAUGAAUUUAUUUAUUGAAUUAUAAAUGUUUUAUAAUUGCUGUUUGCAUGGUACUAUGUGGCAAUAUUUGUUUUAGUGGUUUCUAUAGUGAUGACUUACAUGUUCAAGGUGCAGAGCUGGGAGGAAGGUCGUCAAAUGUUCUCAUUGAGUUGGACUUUUUGAGAACUCGGGAGUGUUUGCCAGACAGUCAGCGACAUGGCUAGACCUUGAAAACAAGUCUCUUGCAAAAAAUAAGAAAACGUAUGAGUUCACUAUAUUGUUACUUGUUAUAUUUCAAUCUUGCUCAAGUAGUCUUAUGUAACGUAAUAGGAGAUUUUGAGUUUGCGAAUGAAUGGGCCUUGAGAAUGGUCAUUUCACCUUUGUAAAUAUAUAUCACUUAAGUCAGAGACACUGUAACCUACUAGUGUUGUCUUUUGUUGUACACUGUUCUAUCACUGUGGACGAAGUCUUAGAGUUUUGUAUGAUUAUGUGCAAUAUUGUUCUCACAGCUUUGUUUUUAUUUUCUAUAAACUGGAGGUGUCAGCAGUCACUUAUUUCAUCAGAAUGUUUGUCACCAGGUCUUACGGACCCUAAAGAUCUAAAGUGUUCAUCCCAAAUGUGGCUGAGGCAGCAAAGCACUUUACACUGAGGGGGCACUCUGUGACGGGAUCAGUCUGCAAUGGGGGUGGGGGUCAAUCAAGAGCCAGCCUGCUCUGUACAGACUCUAUCCCACAGUGAUCUCUGGUGGCACAGGAGUGUAUUACAGCCAGCUGUGGAGGUCUGACAGCUCAGACUCAAAUAGAAUCAUAUCCCACUAUUUGCUGCAGUUUUGAACUGCAACAACCCAGAGAUCUACCUGCUGAUUUCGUUUACAUCUCUUCAUUUGAGCAUUUUCUUCACACGUUAGCAUGCAUUGCGUUCUUUCCUUUCUCUUGCCAAACUUCUUUAAAAGAAUAAUAGUAACUGUUAAAUUUAUAGUGCUUGUCACUCAAUCUGUGAGGUGAGCCUUCCCAGAAUCCACCCCCCGACCCCCCCAACCCCACCCAAACCCCUUCUGCCCCAAGUUGCCCUGGCCUCUCCCAUCCCAGCCACUAAAUCCACCCCAGCUCUGUAUUUUAAAUGUGAUUGCAGUAUAAUUCUGAAAAAUGAUCAAAGAAUAUAAAACUCGCGCUUCCAAAUCUGGCACUGGCUCCGCUUGGACGUCACGAGAUAGUCGACUCAGAAACCAGCAUGUCCCUCUCCCCCCAACUGAUCCAUGAUUUAGAUCAGAUCCUUCGCCUGCACAACUGUAGCAUGAGACAAACCUGCCGGUGAUCAUUACUCAGUCUCCAUCCUUAAAUGGAUAUUAAGGGCUCUGAAACACAUCUGUUACCGGGUUGAGGAGGCUGUCCUUUAAGACACCAACAGAGGAAAAACAAAACAAAUCCCAGAUUAUUGCAGAGAGGGCUCAUGGUCUGCAGCUGAGGUUAGAUCGUACCCUGCAGUAUCUUCGCAGACGCAUCAGACAGAGGUGCCUGGUGCCGGAGGUAAAACAGCAGCUGCACCUACAUUUCACACAGUCUAUCUCUCUGGGAGGCAGAUGAGAAAAACUCAAGUGGCUAUCCAUGUAGUGCAAGCAGAGCCCUGUUCCAGUUAUGUUGUGUAACUCAGUGCAUGCAUGCAAUUACCCUGAACAAGGUGUAUUGGAAAUAUAUUGGGUGUUUGUGGUAUAAAAGUAUUUUGUUUAUAUCAGUUACAAACUUUUCUUUCUACCACUAUAGUUUUUUUUCUCUUUCCUUAGGACUGGCCAAUCAUUGUAUCCAAGAUGAAUAUUAGUAUUAUUAUUAUUAUUAUUAUUAUUAUUAUAGUACAAUAUUCUAUUUUUUAUGGUAGAUUUGUUGACAAGGUCCUCUGUGUCAAAUAUUAUCUGACUACCAAAGUAUAUUUCAGUUAACGACAUAAAUGAUCGUGUGAAAAUGUGAGCUCCAGUGAAUUAGACAGACGCGUAAAUGCUGUAAAUAUUUGUAGCAUUUAUCAGUUAAUGGAUACAAAUUAUUCAAAACGAUAAAACUGUCCGGACGUGCCAAAUUAUUGGAAGUGUUGCCUGCAAAUCCACAAUUUAAAUGAAAAGUCACCCUGGUUCUUUAACUGUCUAUAAAUAUAAACAUUUCCAAUCGCCAAAAUGUUUUUUUUUUGUUUUGUUUUUUUAUGUAGGCGUCCAGUCAACCUUAAAAGGAAGAGUGAAGCAUUUUGGGAAAUCUGCUGCUUGUUCUGCUUUUUCACUGAGAGUUAGCACAGAGAAAGGAAACGAGAAACAGCUGCGCUAGCACGGUCCAAAAGCUCACUAAUUGACAUGUUUAAUUUGUACAAAAACCAAAAUAUAAAAAGCUGUUACGUGGAUUUUAUCUUGGAUGGUAACCGUUACCAGGCAGCCAAUGGCAGCACGGGAAGCUAAUGGUCUGACAUAUGACCCCUCACAGGACAAAAAGUAAUCGUUUUUAUGGUUAGCCUUUUAUACAGCUUUAAUCAAUAUAAAUUAUUCAGAUUUAGAGCUUCAUAUUUAACUGACAGACAUGAGUUAUAUGGAUCUUCCCAUUCAACUCUUGGAAAUAAGUGUAUUUCCCAAAAUGUCUUUUCUUUCAAGACUUUAUAGCCUUUGUAAAUUCACUAUUUUAUUUAAUAACCAGUUCCUCCCCCCCAUGAGGAACCCAAUCACUGUGCGGGUUUGUUUUUAAUUCACUGGAGUCGUGGGAAACAUUUUAUAUGGAUGCUUUAAAAAUGUAAUGGAUGUAGAUACGGAUGAUUUACACAGAAAAGACACGUGUAUCAAAAUUUCACAUGAUUUUUUUUUCUCCCCCAUUCUGAACAGUUCAUUGAUACCGUACGUAGUCUUAUGGUAAAGCCGUAGUGUGUUCCUUUCAGUUCUGUGGGAGUGUGUAUGUGUGUACAUGUGCACUUGUAACUGCUGGGGGCGGGGGUGGUUGUGGGCGAGGGUGGGAGGGAGCUACAUGUAAAUAAAUCAAGUAUAGUUAGUGUGGAGGUGUUUAUUUUUUGUGUCAGUGUAAGUUAAAUAUUAUAAAAUAAAAAAACGUAUUAUUCUCUAUUGUGUUUCAUGGUACAUUAAAAAAAGAGGAAAAGUAGUUUUAUCUUACAUUUCAAAUGCUUAUAUCUCUAUGGCUUCUGGCGAUACCCGUUCCAUUUUAUAGAUUUGUCAGCACAAAAUGCAAUAAACCAAUACCAUUUUAUUACA